UUCUGAAAACUUUUUUUACUACAGAGUACGAACACAUUAAUUUUCCAUGCCUACCGAGCAGAUUCCAGUGAGUAAUCUGCGAGCAAUAUUGUGCUUGGGUGUUCUGCAGACCGUCUCUGGAAUGUUUGCCAUCGCCUAUGCUAUUAUUGUAUUGUCCUCGGUUUCACCCUCGGAUGAAAUUUCUAAACCGGUCCUGUACGGAUCCCAGCUGACCAUGGGCAUUCUCUUCGUAAUCGCCGGAACGUUCGGCGUGGUCACUGGACGCAAAGAUAUCGAUGCCCCACCGCUACGCACACACGGUAACCAGCUGUCCGUCAUCCUGCUGCUGAGCAUCGUCGGAUUGCUAUCGUCCAUCGCCCUGGUCAUCGCUGCGCUCAGCGUUCCCGUGUUCGUUGACGGUAUAACCUUCACCGUGUUUUCCAUUGCGGCGCUGGUACAUCUCGGACAGAUUGUGGCCAGCAGUAUUACACUACGAAAUUUACGGCGAAAGAAUGAAAAUGCGGUGCCGGUUGCACAGCCGCUGCUAAUGUCCAGGAACGGUCUGGUUGCAAGUGCACCGUUAAUAAAUAAAUCGGAAGAUCUGCAGCAUUUUCAGCUAACGCUACCUAACACCUUACUAUAAUUUUUGUAAUA